AUGAAAAAACUGUUGGACUUGACGUUCGUUCGAGCUCGAAGUGUUUUCUCUUCUCGGAAGAAUCAUCAUCAUCAUCAAGGAUUAUUUGAUUUUAAAUUAUUUCAAAACGGUGUAACUCUGGGAAAUAAUCGUUUUGAUUUUAAUCAUAGCUCAAAGGAUGAUUUUCUAAACAAGAGUAAAUUCAAGCGGAAUAUCACCAUCCUUCUAAUUGCUGGAGUUGGUAUCUCUCUUAUGAUCGAUGCUUGGAGGAAUCCAUCUAUUGCUGAAUUUCAUGCGGAGGAAAAUUAUGCUCCCAACCAUUUGGCCUUUACAAGUCAGAGUUUGGAUUUCAAAAAAACUUCGAAUGGAAUGUGUUUGAGUGAAGAUUUGGUGAGCUCAUCCCUUUUGAAAGAAAUUACCACCUAUUUAGUUUUUCAUGUCAAGUCACUACCAAUAGGUGCAGUUACAAAUUCGGGACGAAUUUCUGGAGGUACAUGUUUUGUGGUGAGUCCCAUUGUUGCUGUUGGCAAUAAUAGGGACAUUUAUUUGGUUACUGCAGCACAUUGUGUCAUUACUCCUUAUGGAGAUGUAAAGAGGGUUGGAUUAAUUCCAAAAUAUUUGGAAAAGCAAAUCAACAACCACUCUUUAACAAAUUCUACCAAGAUGCAGAAAGAGCUAAUUGAGUGUGAAAUUGUGGAAUUUCAUUAUGAUGGAGAAAAUGACAUUGAUUAUGCUAUUUUAAAAUGUAACGCUGAUGAGUUUAUAAGAAAAAACAGGUACGAUAUUCGAGAAAUUCCAGAAAAAUACUUUAUUCCAAAAGAACAUCGAAGUGAGAGAAUGGGAACAAAUAUCUCGUCUCAAAAUAUAUCAAAUAUUUGCAAAUCGUCUCCAUAUUAUUUUGAUACAAUAGUCAUUGGAUACCCUUCAAGAUACAAACAAUUUAUGGAUGCCAGAACGAGAAAUGACCCUUCCCUCUCUCUCGAGUUGAUCAAUCAACUAAUGAUGACCAACGAGAAGAGCCCAAUUAUCUCUUUGGGAAACAUUAUUGGCCAUCAAUUCAUUAACAACAAUACUCUCAUUCGAUAUUUUUCGAACACCAUCAACAAGGGAUUUUCUGGAGGGCCAGUCAUAGACCUUCGAGAGCUGCAUAACACAAGAAAUGGGAUUCCAUUCAGUGGUAUAGUUUCUUUGUUUGAUGAAAAGGGAUUUGGUGCAUUUUGCGUCGAGAAUCAUCAGUUUAUGAAUGCAUAUUUCAGACACAUAGCUCCCUACACAACUAAGUAA